UUGGUAAGGAACCCUUACGUGUCUGUUUGGUAUUGUACCCCAUUAAUGUCUCUCUCUCUCCUUUUGGCGACUUCAGCGAUUGCGCUCCGAUUUCCUCUUCGCCGUCGAAGACCAAGUCGGCAUCCCUCUCUCUGCUACCAUUUUCAUCCCCACUGACUUUGACACCGCUGACCUCUCCUCAUCCUCCACCAACAGACGUCGUCUCUCCGUCGCUUAUCACAUCGUUCCUCAACGAUGAUCAUCCCAGUUCGUUGCUUUACUUGUGGAAAGGUGAUUGGGAACAAAUGGGACACAUAUCUGGAUCUUCUUCAGGCUGAUUACACCGAAGGGUAACCCUUUUUGAUUCCCCCAUUAUACUUUGUGUGAAAAAAACUCUAAUGAGAGUCUUUGUAUGAUGGUUUUUGUAGUAAGUACAUGAUUAAUCUGUUUCUCAACUUCUCUUUUGCAAUUUGAUCAUUUUAAAGUUCAUAUAUGUUAGCUCUGUAACGUAAAGCAGAUUACUGGUAUUUUGAUUAUGUUGUUUGCAUCUCUAGUUUAAUCUUUAGCCCCCUAUGUGUUAAGCUACAACAUGAUUUUACGUUCUCAAAUUAACAUUAUGAUAACUUGCGAAUUGGUUUAUGUCUCUUGAUGCGAUUGGGUUAGUUCGAAAGUUUUUUUGUGAGAAAAACAGCAGGUAUAUGUUCAAGAGAAGGCAUAAGCAAGAGUGGUCUUGAAAUCGAGCUCCCAUAGAUUAAAUGUGCCUUUGACGAAAUUGUAGUGAGCUCCUCUUAUAGCAAGCGUGUUCAAGUGGAGUUCCUGCUUUUACAGUGCCUCAACCUGAUGAAGCAAUGAGUAUACUUGAUGAGAAAGCUUCAGAAUUGGAGGCAUUUCCCCAGCAAUGACCGGAUUCUCAUGCCAAUCCAUAUUGGGUUCUGGCCGGAGGACCCACCACCCACCGGUGAGGUUAGUACUCGAGACCUCUCGUCUAGACUUCCGGUGGUUUGUCGACACGUUCACAGUAAGCAACCAUUUGGAAUGUUCAGAGGCGAAAACGCUAUGAACUAUGCAUUUUCAACUUUCUUGAUCGAGGCAAUUCUUAUUAUCUUCUUCAUCAAAAUCACAUGCUUCCUCCUUCGACCUCUACGUCAACCUCGUAUCGUCUGCGAGAUCAUUGGUGGAAUGAUGAUAGGACCGUCGAUGCUUGGAGGAAGCAGGAACUUCAACUACUACUUGUUCCCACCGAUAUCAAAUUACAUAUGUGAAAACUUGGGACUGUUGGGAUUUGUUUACUUCUUCUUUAUCACUGCGGCCAAAACUGACGUUUCAGCCAUUGCAAAGUCUCCAAGAAAGCAUAAGUACAUUGCUGUGAUCGGCAUUGUCGUCCCCCUGGUCUGCACUUUGGCCACGGGGAUGGCAAUGCGAGACAAAAUGGACAAGAACAUGAGAAAGUUUUCAUCAGUUGGAUCGAUUGCGUUUGCCUUGGCUUUUAGUUCUUUCCCUGUCAUCUACACCGUCUUAAGAGACAUGAACCUUCUCAACUCUGAAGUAGGCAAGUUCGCCAUGUCGGUGGCUCUCAUUGGAGACAUGGCAGCGAUUGUUGCUCUUAUUUUUUUCGAGGCCUUGAAUCAGGUAGAGGAAGGAGGAGCCACGGCUAUAGUUUGGUAUCUUAUAUCGGUGGUUAUAUUCAAUGCUUUUAUGUCUUUGGUUGUGGGACGAGCUCUUGAGUGGGUGGUCGACCAAACGCCAGAGGGGAAACUCGUCGACCAAAACUAUAUUGUAAUGAUUCUCAUGGGUGUUCUUGUCGCUUGUUUCAUUACAGACAUGUUUGGUUUAUCUAUGGGCAUGGGACCCAUUUUGCUAGGGUUCAUUGUCCCUCAAGGUCCACCUUUGGGUUCGACGCUGGCUAUUAGGAGCGAGACUUUCAUCCAUGAGUUCUUGAUGCCUUUCUCCUUUGGUUUGGUGGGACUCAAGACCAAUGUCAAUCUUAUCACCAAUGAUAUUUGGGAACAAAAGCUCUCUCCUCUCGUCUACAUGACAGCCGUUGGAUUCAUCUCUAAGUUUCUCGCUGUGUUUUCCGCUGCUGUCUUCUUUAAAGUCCCCACCAGAGACAGUCUCACGCUUGGUCUCAUGUUGAACUUGAGAGGCCAGAUAGAUACCUUGCUCUACUUGCAUUGGAUAGACAAAAAUAUAAUCGGUUUACCCGGUUUUGCUAUCUUGGUUUUGCAUGCCCUUGUGGUUACGGGAAUAGCAACACCGCUUAUCAGUUUCCUUUACGAUCCAGAUCGUCCUUACAGGAUCAGCAAGUACCGCACCAUACAACACACUCCCCCGUCUACCGAGGUGGGACUUGUUCUCGCCGUCGCCGACCACGAAGCCUUGUCCGGUUUGUUCACCUUCCUCGACCUUGCUAAUCCCACUACAAGUAGCCCCUUUUGUAUAUAUGCUAUCCAGUUAGUGGAAUUAAUGGGGCGAGCCUCGCCAGUUUUUAUCGACCACGAGGAGGAGGAAGAGGAUGAGGAGGACGAUGAGGAAGAGGUGGAAGAAGAAGAAGAUGAAGGUGCCCGGAGAAACCAGGUGCAAACCGCAUUUAGGUUGUACCAAGAGAGAAGAGUUGAAUGUGUAACGCUACGUGCCUACACAGCUCAUGCUCCAAAGCGUCUAAUGUACCACAACAUUUGCCAGAUAGCAUUGGCUAAUAAAACCGCUUUCAUUCUCUUACCUUAUCAGCAAGAACGUCUCGACGACGAUGCACCAACGGAGCUACGUAACUCCGGCAUGUUAUCCGUGAACGCGGAUGUCUUGGCGCACACGCCAUGCUCUGUUUGUAUCUAUUACGACAAGGGACGUCGUAGAAACGCUCGGUCCCAAGAAACGUACCGUUUUGUUGUUCUGUUCUUAGGAGGAGCUGACAACAGAGAAGCUCUGCAUCUGGCCGACAGGAUGACGGUGAAUCCAGACAUAAGCUUGACGGUGAUCAGGUUCUUGUCGUUUAACCAUGAAGGAGAGGACGAGAGGGAGAAAAAGCUGGACGAUGGGGUGGUGACGUGGUUCUGGGUCAAGAAUGAAGACAAGGAGAGGGUUAGUUACAGGGAGGUUGUGGUCAAGAACGGUGCGGAGACGCUGGCUGCAAUACAAGCGUUGAAUGACAACGACUAUGAUCUGUGGAUAACGGGGAAGAGAGAAGGUAUCAAUCCGAAGAUUAUAGAAGGGCUUGCGGAGUGGAGUGAGAACCACCAGCUUGGAGUGAUCGGAGACACUGUGGCGGGGAGUGUGUUUGCCUCGGAAGGCUCGGUGUUAGUAGUACAGCAACAGGUGAGGAACCAGAAGGGUAGUGGUUUCUUGAAUGGCAAGUUUGAUUACAAGAAGUUAGUGUCUCAUUGGUCUUGUAAUAAUUGUUAGUUAGGACAUAUUGCUUAACUGAUUAGGUUUCUUUUUGUUUUGUACAUUCUGUAUUUUUGGGAUGAUUUUGCUUUCUAAACAAAAUUUGUAUCCAAGUUCAUUGUACAAGCUAAUAAAUUCCAAUGUAGAAGAAGCUUCAGUUGGUUGA